AUGAGCGAGGCGGAGGCGGCAGUGGUGGCGACAGCGGCCCCCGCGGCGACGGUGCCCGCGACGGCAGCAGGGGUGGUAGCGGUGGUGGUACCGGUGCCCGCGGGAGAGCCGCAGAAAGCAGGCGGCGGGGCUGGCGGCGGCGGGGGCGGAGCUGCCUCGGGCCCCGCUGCUGGGACCCCAUCGGCGCCAGGCCCUCGCACCCCUGGCAACCCGGCGACGGCGGCCUCGGGGACCCCCGCGCCCCCGGCCCGGAGUCAGGCGGACAAGCCGGUGCUGGCAAUCCAAGUCCUGGGCACUGUCAAAUGGUUCAACGUCCGGAAUGGUUACGGAUUCAUCAACAGGAAUGACACCAAGGAGGAUGUCUUUGUUCACCAGACAGCUAUUAAAAGAAACAAUCCCAGGAAGUUUCUACGCAGUGUUGGAGAUGGAGAGACUGUGGAGUUUGAUGUCGUGGAAGGAGAGAAGGGUGCAGAAGCUGCUAAUGUAACUGGGCCCGGGGGGGUGCCAGUGAAGGGCAGUCGCUAUGCCCCCAAUCGACGUAGGUUCCGCAGAUUCAUCCCCCGGCCUCGCCCAGCUGCCCCACCACCUAUGGUGGCAGAGGCUCCCUCUGGUGGGACAGAACCCGGCAGUGAAGGGGAGCGGGCUGAGGACUCUGGGCAGCGGCCCAGAAGACGGCGCCCACCACCCUUCUUCUAUCGAAGGCGGUUUGUGCGGGGCCCUCGACCCCCUAAUCAGCAACAGCCCAUAGAGGGCACCGAUGGGGUAGAACCUAAAGAGACAGCCCCAUUGGAAGGGGACCAACAGCAGGGAGAUGAGCGGGUGCCCCCACCCAGAUUCCGGCCCAGAUACCGCAGGCCUUUCCGCCCUAGGCCACCACAGCAGCCUACCACAGAAGGUGGGGAUGGUGAGACCAAGCCCAGCCAAGGCCCCACUGAUGGUUCUCGGCCUGAACCCCAGCGCCCACGAAACCGCCCCUACUUCCAGCGGCGACGGCAGCAGCCUCCUGGCCCUCGGCAGCCCACAGCCCCGGAGGUGAGGAUUUUGGGUGUCUAAAACAAUGUGGGGUUGGGAUGAAAGGAAAGAUUUGGACCACCUGCCCUCUUUUCUGUCCUUUUUCCUUCUCUUCUUACUGUAUUCCUUUGCAUCUCUGCUCCCCUGGCCCUGCCCCUCUGUGUAGCCUUCUGGGUCCACCCUGGUGGGCAUCACACCUACCAAGGAACCUCAGCAGAGGCAGUCAAGCCCAUGUCACCUCCUGCAGGCCCCAACCCUGAGCUCUGUUUGGAACCACAAUACCAGCUUGUGGAUGUGAAUUGUAGGAAUGGGAAGGGGAAAGGGGAGAAGGUUGAAGUAGGGGAUUCUGAAGAACAAGUCUUGGGCUGGGGGUGUGACUCAAGUGGUAGACCACUUGCCUAGCAGCCUAGAAAGCAUGAAGCCCUGAGAUCAAACCCCAGUACCA